GCGUCCAGAGAAAAUUCUAUGAACUCUGGAAAUUUAUUUGCGCCGUCGAUCUUUGAAUGGUCUGUUUAAAAUUUGUACGCACUUUAUUUUUUGAAAUGUGACAAACGUUACCGCUACCGCUGUAGAUGUUAUUCCAAGUUUGCCGUCGGCAGGACGUGAGGUUGUUGAAAAAGUUGUUGGUGCUGUCAGGCCCGUCGGCGACUCUCUUUUUAAUGUAGCCAUCAACACUCGGAGACGUAAUAAAUUUGCGUGAGUGUGUUUGCGUGUCACUCACUCAUCGUCUCCCCUGUCAUAAAUCAAAUAUUUGCAUUUUAAAAUUGACAUUGAUGUUACACGGUCCAAAUUAACGGUGAUUUGUGCUGAACUUUGCGUUACGUUGUUGCGUUCUACGAGAAGAACGAACAGAAUUAAGCCACAAAAACAAUUUGUUUUCGAAUGCAACCAGUUAAAAAAUAUUAGUGUAAAUAACCUAAAAUCAACACCAAAGAAAAUAAGGAACUUGAAUACUAAUACAAACACACCAGUACAUAUUUAGAUGUAAUCAUAUGCACGCACAACAUGUUACGUACUUGGGUAGGAAUUGUAAUGAUAUGAUUCAAAUAAUUACAGGAUCAAAGUGAGUUUUUGUUUUUUUAUUUAUUUAUCCUUCGAAAAGUGAAUGACAUUAGAAUCUUAAACUCAAUUUUCUUUGAUCUCAGUGUCUUGUACUCAUAUCUUAAGAAACACAAAUAAAAGUGAUAGCGUGUAUGCGUUAGAAUGUUAAAGGCUGAAUCAACGAAUUUGUAUUAAAUAUUUUCUAACAAGGAUAACUCAUCAAAUAUUUAUACAACGCAUAUAUCGGUUCAUCUAUUUUAAAAGGCAACACAUAAUAAACCAAGGAUUUUCAAUACGUAAAGAGUCCUCGUGGCAUGCAACCCUGCAGUCCAUCAGGCGUUCUAGCGGUAACAAUGCCUCCUUCAAAAAGUCCCACCAUGGAAUGUGCUGCUGCUGGCCAGAAAACCCCAGAACCCCAGCCGCUGAAUGCGACCUCAGCGGGCAACAACAAUAACAUAAUGUCCUCCUCCACAUCCUCUACCCCGUUGAGUACCCGGAACUGUCCUUUAAAAUUUUCCAUUGCAAAAAUUAUGGAACCCGAUCAACGUUCCCAGGUGCAUGUGAAAAAUAACCACAUUAGUAUAGAGGAUGAGGAACGUUCCUGCAGCCCCAUUGAGGUGAUCAGCGACGAUCAAUGUGAGCCCUCAAAUAAUGCUGCUAAUACGGAGGAUAACUACGAUUCUGCCUUCAAGAAAUACGUGCCCUCCUCGAGCACCCUGGCUGCGAGUGGCAAUGUGGGCUCCAGCACCUCGGCUGUUGUGCAACAAUUUGUGUCCUCACGCCACCAGGAACUGUUGAGUCAAUACCCUUUGCUUUACUAUGCGGCACCCAACCAGCUGAUGUGUGCAGCAGCAGCUGCCCAAUAUGCAGCGCUGACUGCAGCCCAGCAACAGUCGCUACUAGGUGGCAAUACGGCAGCCACCGCAGCACAUUUGAGCUCGUUUACUGCUUCACUCAACUCCCUGCAUAGCCAAAAUCUACGUCGUCAAUUGGCAGCACCAGGAACCAGCCAUCAUUUGGCCGCCGCAGCGGCUGCCGCUGCUGCAGCUCAUCAUCAAGUAUUGGCCUCUGCCCACCCGCAAUUGCAACAGACUUUGGAAAAGUCUCAAGUGACUCAUAAAUCGAGAGAGGCUGCACUCGCCUCCUCUGCAGCCACCUAUCACGCCCACAAACGCAAGCAUUCACCUGCUUCAAGCCAUAACAAUACAUCAUCCUCUAUCAGUGAUCCCUGCUCACCACCCGACACUCAAAGGACCCGUGCUGACUCUCCUAGUUCCAUUGACGACAGUCCCAAUUCGGUCAAUGGGGGCAAACAGAAAACCUUUUCCUGCCUGGAGUGCGGCAAGGUGUUUAAUGCUCAUUACAAUCUCACCCGUCAUAUGCCUGUCCACACUGGAGCUCGGCCCUUCGUAUGCAAGGUUUGUGGCAAAGGUUUUCGCCAGGCCUCCACUCUUUGUCGUCACAAGAUCAUCCAUACUUCGGAGAAGCCGCACAAGUGCCAGACUUGUGGCAAGGCUUUUAACCGCUCCUCGACACUGAAUACCCAUACCCGCAUUCAUGCCGGCUAUAAGCCAUUUGUUUGCGAAUUCUGUGGCAAGGGAUUCCAUCAGAAGGGCAACUAUAAGAAUCACAAGCUCACCCAUAGCGGAGAGAAGGCCUAUAAAUGCAACAUCUGCAAUAAGGCCUUUCACCAAGUCUACAACCUCACCUUCCACAUGCAUACCCACAACGAUAAGAAGCCCUACACCUGCCGCGUGUGCCACAAGGGAUUUUGUCGCAACUUUGAUUUGAAGAAACACAUGCGUAAGCUACACGACAUCGGGGGAGGUCCGCUAGACUUGGAUGAAAAUACCAACGAACGUCUGGAGCGACGUCGGGAGUACACAAGACGGGAUCAAUCGCUCGAUUUCCAUGGGUCCCAUCUCAACUCCAAUUCAUCGGAUGGGUCCAUGUCUCCGCCCAUAAAUGUAACUACGCCUCCAUUGUCCAGCAAUGAAGGCAGCAGUUCAGCCUGGCCCUCAUCCUCCCAGUAUUCCGGUAAUCAUCCGCACAAUUAUUCAACAGCUGCUUUGACACCCCCGACGGUUACCAAUUUCCGCACCGCAACCGAUUAUGGCGGUAGUUCAGCAUUUAUAAACUUUGCUCAGACAUCAGCGACUUCUGCUCCGUCUUCAGCCACAGCCCACCUUAAUCCUGCGCAUGGACCUCACAUGACCCCAGCCAACCAUCAGCGACUUUCGGCUGCAGCUGCUGCGGUAACGGCCAUGGACAAUGUACCCUUCAUUGCCAAAGUAUUUUGACACAGAUACUAUGCCGACACCUUGGCCACCACGGUCCACCACCAUCAUCAUAGCCAUCAACGCCACUCGCCCUCCUUUGUGGGCUCUAGUGUUCAAUCCUCAUGCUCCACAUCCGCCUCUGCCUCUUCCACCCACACCGCAUCACAAGCCGCGUCAACAAAGAGUAUUCUGAUCGAUUGACUGCAAUUUGUGGCAGCUGCUGCGGUGGCCUCUGCAAUGCCUCCACAACAUGUGAUGGCCGUGGAAACGCACACCGAAUAUCGUCAAGCGACUUCGGCCACGACUCCCCACGAUUUGCUGGUGAGUCAGGACAACGAAGACGAAGCAAUGGCGACAUCUGCAAUGUUGCAGCGCGAGAAUACUUCUUUGAUGUCAAGCACAACGACAUUAGGAACAGCUGUGCAAGCUCUCAAUGGUUUGUUUUGAGAGAAGUGCAUCACCGCCUAACUCCGAGGUGCCAGUAGUAUGAGACUCAAGUGCAAGAUCUUUGCUCGACGCAUGAGUAUUGUACAAAGGCAUAACGUGUGCAUUCACUGACAAAAUGAAAGGAAAAAGAGUUAUUAAUUAAAGGUUUCACCGUGACUCUUCCAGUCCACCAACCCUUUACCCUGCUGCUAGUUAAAUAAAUUAAAUAACACAUUGGAUACAGGGUUGCCAAAGUUGAUCUUUGGCACCACGCCCACACCUUAUUGUACCGAAAUGUUAGAAAUAUUCAGAGCAUCAUAAACCCUAGGCUAACAACCUCUAAUACCCGUAACAUUGAGUGUGAUUUUUGCAAUUAAGAAGAGAUUUUUAUCCUAAAAACUAAGCGCAACAAUUUUAAAUUCUACCAUAAACUAUUAUUUUUAUUAUUUAUAACAAUUUGUUGAAAUUUAGUGAAAUUCAAAUUCAUCUCAAACGAAACUGAUGUGUCUGUAAAUUGUGUUUAAAAAUUUAUUUAUUUGGAGAAUCCAUUUCACACAAUGAGAAUUAUUGUCACAGCUCUAUACUAGCUAUAAGUGUUUUGUCCUUUGCCUAAUUUUGUUGGACUUUUGUAAGUGUUCUAUGCGCCUCACCUUCUCUUCCACACACAUGCACACUAACUGUAAAUGUAUUCAUCCUAACCUAGAGUAUCGAAGAAGAAAUGUAUUUAUGAUCCACAAAUAGAAUCUAUAUAUUCGAGUCAUAUUUUUAAAAGUAAUUAAUUAAAUAGAAGGUUUUACGCUCUAUCUAUGCUCUUAAGGAUAUUUAAUAGGGUUACAUGUUUUGUUUUCAC